GCAGAGGAGGACAGCGGAGAAGAGGAUUGAAGAUAGGAGGACAGGCAGAGGACAGACGAGAGACGGAUUAAGGAGUGGAGCAUUGUGGAGAGGAGCACUGUGGAGAGGAGCACUGACGAGAGGAGGACUGCACAGAACUACGUGUAGAACGUGGGCUCGGAACUUCUGAAUCACAGCGGAUGUAAACAUUGAGUAAGGAUCGUUAACACGAAGACAGUAACUUUUGUCGGACUCCGGAUGAAGGAGGAGAUCGUCGAGAGAAAAGGAAAGUUGCCAUGUGGACCUACUUCAAGGCAUAGCAGAGGACAAAAAUGGAUUAUUCUACACAGAUGAAUGGACAAUACCAACCAGUUGGACAACCCUCUCAAACUGUACAUGCUGCUACUCCACCUGCUUACGACACAAUGAGAAAUCAGCAACCUGGGACAGCAAAUAUCUCUUGUCAGUUCUGGACAGCAGACCCCAGAAUACAGCCACAACAAAAUGGCCAUGUACCCUUUCAAGAUGGAACUCAGCCCAGCAGUCAGAUGGCAAAUUGGCAAACCUCAGCUGCUCCUCGUCAGGCAAGUUCCUCCCAGUCAACAGCUGGGAGGAAUGAUAAACAUUAUGUUUUAUAUCAGAAAUACCCCAACUUGACAGGUAUACUAGGUGAAGUCACUUCUAUGCCUUAUCAGAACGCUGCUCAGAAUUCAAAGACGCAGACUCUACCCACAAUGAACACUGAACACUCUCAACAAAACACAACUGCAUAUUUGAUCCGAUCAGCUACAUUUCAUGGUAACCAAUCCAUAAGGACACAAGAUGUACAAAAUAAUGGGGUGCAGAAAAGUUAUCAAGUUGUAAAUGGCAAGCUGUCUAAUCCCUGCUCUACCUACAUUAACGCAGCUACCUUGGCUCCUUGUAAACAGACAGUUUGUGCCAGCACAAUACAGCUAACAAGACCACCUGCUAACAACCAGGAUUACCAACAAAAUGUCUCUCAACAUAGAUUUACCACUAGCAACCCGCCAAACUACAGUGAAGCUAUCUCUGAGUCCUGCACACGCAACAGCAUCACAACAAAUCCCCCACCAAGGGGACAGAUUUGGGGUUAUUCCAGCAUGAGUCCGACAACUCAACAAUACACUGCUCAACUCAACUCAACACCUAACAAUGCAAGAGAGGCCACCUACAGGCCACCUUGCAGCUCCAUAAAAAGAAAUGGGCUUCCCCUAAUAGCGCAACAACAAAUUCCCAAUCAAAAAGAGGAAGCAAAGAUAAUCUCACAAAUUGCUGAGUCUCUUCGUGAAUCGUACCAAGCUGACAAAGUUGGACGUCAUCCAGUGAAAACUAAUUCACCAUCCACGUGGCGGCUCAUCGCACCGGCAAGUCAGGUCUGCGAGGUCAGAAUGAUGGAGCGUCAUCAAACAAUGCAACUUGGGACAUCAGCUGCUGACAGAUCUAACUCAUUUGCCACCCAGCGCCUACAGCUCAUUGCUAAACAAAGUGUUUUGUCAAGAACACAACCCAUUGUUACAUCACCUCAGCAAAGUUCUGCACCAGAUGUCUACCGUGUCACAACAGAAGAUGGAUUUACAGCUGGAAAUAGGGAGAGGAGUGCAUUUUUUCCCAAAAAUGACAGCAUCUCUACGGUAAAUGUAGUUGAAUCUUCAAGUGAUGGAUCUCAGUUUAUGCAGCUGCCUGAGGGCAUUUUGCUCCAGAGAGCCGAGACCAAGUUGACUGUAGAAAACAAUAACGAAAUGCUCUGUUCAGUUGGAAAAAUGGACAGCUCAAUCCAAUCGUCUCCCAGUCGCAUGUGCAAGAGAGCUGUUGCUGUUGUACAACCACUGUUACAAGAAAACUACACAGCGCUCAACAAGCAAAACUCUUCAAACCCAAUUAAACAAUUGGAAGAGUGCACUGCAAAAUAUUCCUCUUUACGCAACCCUUUAGAAAUAAGUACUUCUCCGUCUGUAGCAAAAAACAGUCAAGCUAUACAUUUGAGUGAAGGAUUGAAUAAACACCUACAAGAUGGACCUCAAGACAAGAUACAAAACCAGUCAUAUGCACAUGAACAAGGAUCUGAAUUAUCUAGUGACCGGAGAAUACCAAUAGCUGUUCAACAGUCUGUUACCCCUGAGGGGCUAGAAGGCCCACAUCGUGAUUUGAACAAAGCUCAGGUGCCACUUAAUAAAAAUACCUGUGAUUUCGACCUGUCCUCGAUCCCAACAACUCAGUGGACUACUGACAAAUUAAUGCAUUUUAUAACGGAUUCUGAAAAAGCCCAGACAAUACGUUCGAAAAAGUUGUAUUCUGUGCAAGAAAUAAUUAGAAUCUUUUGGAUGGGCAAGGUUGACAUUUUCAAGAAUAAGCUCAAGUCAGGCUGGUAUAAAAAUUUAAUGACGGAUGUUACGACAUUCUGCUGUGAACAUGUGACUAAUGACUCUGUCAUUCUAUCACAAAUAAAAGGAAGCUUUUCGAAGCAACUCCAAAAGUACCAUUUCCUCAAACAUAAUGAAAUGUAUUCAGAGCCGCCCUACCAAUCAUCAUGGUUGAAUAUAAAUGAGCAGGUAGAUGACAUUGACAAAGAGUUUGGCUUUUCCCGGAAUUUAAGGCCUCAUGUUAGCUCACGUGGGAGUGACAGCCAAUUAGAUGAAUUUGAAGCCACAAGCAGCAUUUUUGCAGACAAUUUAAGUGACGUGUCCAACGACGCCUUGUCUCAAACAGAGCUCAGAUCUGUUGUCCAAGUUGAAGAAGCUCCCACUGUUGAAAAUACAUCAAGUCGAAUUUCCUCACCCAAUGACAUAGACCCAGACAGUGCGAAUUCCAAUGACCAACACUACUCGUUUGAGAUACAAGUUUUGUCCCCAGAAGAAGCUAAAGUUAUCUUUGGGAAAAUGCAAAGUAAUCUACCACAAAGUAUGGACACUCCGAGUCAGCCAGAGAAUGUCACGAAAAGCUCUGUUGAGAAGGAGCUGCCUGACUUUGGACAGAGUGUCACGAAAAGCUCUAUGGAGAAUGAGCUAACUGAAGUUGGUGACACAUUGAAGGACUCAAAACUGGAGAGCAAGAAGAAAGUUUCUUUAAUAGAUGAAUUUUGCUGUCUCGCAGGGUGGAUAGAAAAGUUUUAUGGGAAAAACACUUCUUCGAAAUGUGCGUGCAAGGAAAAACAAGAUCACAAAGACUGUACAGAAAAGACACUUGAUAAGGAGACGAAAGUACAAAAUAGCAAUCAACUUGCGAUCAGGUUGGACCAUGUCCACUCUGCCAUAGAAACAGACCAUCAACUGAGUGCUGAGGAGAACAGUGACAGUCAAGUUGUACCAUGUAGUUCGACUGAUGACAUCAGUCAAACUGUAGACUUAACCGAAGAUGAGAAGAGACUUCGCUCACAUUCUGCUCAGGAAAAACAGAACAUGUCCCCAUCAACAAUAGACGAUAGCCAAUUAAGCCCUUUAGUCUUAAGUGACAGUGAAGUUGAAGAUGUCUCUUGCAGUGGAAGUGAAAUUCCAAACCAGAUCCGUCAAAAUGGUAUUUGGAUGUCAGACUCUGAGGAGAAAUGUGUACAAGAACAGCCGAAGUCAGAAGGAAUAGGUCAGUCAAGCCCUUCAGACAAAAGCAAGGGAGAAUUCAUGAAGGUCAUUAAUCUUGUAAGCCAUAUGUCAGACACUGCGGUGAGCUGUCCAAAAGCUCAGCUGACAUCCACAGAUGUAGCAGGGUCCUCCUUGGAAGUGGAAAAACCAACUCAAACCGGACCAGCGGACGGCCUCCACAACACCUCCAGUCAAUGUGAUAAACUGGAAACAGUUGAAAGAAAGAGGAAGUUGCACAGUGAUGAAGAUAUGUCUCAAUUAUUGAAGAAUUUAAAGAAACGUGUAAAUAGGAACGUUUCUGGUAAUGCUGCUGAGAGUAAACCUUUGGCCUCUAAUGAUAAAACAGUACAACUGGUCCUGUAUGGCUCAAAACGAACAUUAUUUGGUGACAGAAAGAGUGAUGGUGAAUAUACAGGAUCUCAUGCAUCACACAGACCUCCCAACAUGGUCUCUGUGACUCUCAAUCCUUUGAAGAGAAAGUCAAGUGUUCCCACACCGGAAUAUUCUGUCAAAGGACGGAUUCUUGAAAAAUGGAGGAGAAGUUAUCUACCAACUACACUUAAGCUCAGAAAAAAACUGAAAACACAUCACGGUACCUUACCUCGGACAUAUCUCAAGAAAGCCGAAACAGCUUGCCCCUCCAAAACCAAAGAGCUGCCAGUUUGCAAUGAAAUGAAGAGAAAGGGAAAGACCGACUACAGCGUGAAUCGAAAGAAGAGGCGACUCGUGUGUACCAGACUCGUACUUGGAGAUGAGAGUAGAAGGAAUGAUGUGGGUGACCUGCUACCGUCUGAUAAGGAGAGAAGUGACGACGGAAGCCAUACCCACACACCUGGUCGAGAGAACUACAUCUUGAAGUUCAGUGUGUUACCCAACACUUUCCGCUUUGCAGAUGGACCCAAUGGGAGAAAGCAAACAACUGCUGAUGUGUCAGGUAACUCUGCUGGAGGAAACAGCCCUGCGUUCCCAAGACCUCCAGCCUCUUCCAAGAAUUUCAAUAGCAAAACAUUUCGAAGGAGCAGCCAUUCAAAGUAAUAAUAUACAAGCAAUAGUUUUGUGUAAAACAGAGACAGAUUAAACAUCCUCUCUGGGAAAUUAUUAUUUUGUGAAAUGUUUCAUUCUGUGUACGUGUAUAUUUGCUUUACAGUACCAAGCAAGUUACGACUGCACAUGCCACACAUAAAAGUCAUAUUGUAUAUUAUAAGUUAAGUUAGAUUUUGAAUGCCUUACAGAAGUAUUGAGUGCAAAUGUAACUUUGAGUAUCUGUAAAAUUUCAUUUACAAUAUUUAUAUUUUUUUACAUCAAAAAUAUGUGUUUUAUUUUUACAUUUUUGUAAUGUUUUCUUUUUCUAAACAAACACUUUUUUAUUCUGUUUUGCAGUUGUUUGUAUUAUUUGUGUAAAUAAACCGCACCAUGCAUAAAGAAAUGUAAU